CGCCCGCCGCCGCCACGUGCUGCCCGCGCCAUGGAGCUGGAGGAGUUGGGCAUCCGGGAAGAGUGCGGCGUGUUCGGCUGCAUCGCCUCCGGCGUGUGGCCCACGGAGCUGGACGUGCCCCAUGUGAUCACGCUGGGGCUGGUGGGGCUGCAGCACAGGGGCCAGGAGAGUGCUGGGAUUGUGACGAGUGAUGGAGAGUCGUCCCAGUCCUUCAAAGUGCACAAGGGAAUGGGGCUCAUAAACCAUGUCUUCAACGCAGACAGCCUGAAGAAGCUGUACAUGUCAAACCUGGGCAUCGGGCACACCAGGUACUCCACCUCGGGCAUCUCGGAGCUGCAGAACUGCCAACCUUUUGUGGUGGAGACUCUGCAUGGGAAGAUCGCAGUGGCGCACAACGGGGAGCUCACAAAUGCUGUGCGGCUCCGCAGGAAGCUUAUGAAGCACGGUGUAGGGCUGUCCACCAGCUCUGACAGUGAACUCAUCACCCAGCUGCUGGCUUUCACACCUCCUCUGGAAAACGACGAUACAGCCGACUGGGUAGCAAGGAUAAAAAACCUAAUGAAUGAAACCCCCACUUCAUAUUCACUGCUAAUUAUGCAUAAAGACAUCAUCUAUGCUGUACGUGACCCCUACGGCAACCGCCCGCUCUGCAUUGGUCGCCUUAUUCCAGUAGGGGACAUGAAUGGAAAAGGAAAAGAUAACAGUGAGACAGAAGGAUGGGUAGUCUCUUCUGAAUCCUGUAGCUUUUUGUCUAUUGGUGCAGAGUACUAUCGUGAGGUGCUUCCUGGAGAGAUUGUGAAAAUAUCUAGAUACGAUGUCCAGACUCUGGACGUUGUACCAAGACCUGAAGGAGAUCCAUCAGCAUUCUGCAUCUUUGAAUAUGUUUAUUUUGCAAGACCAGACAGUAUUUUUGAAGGUCAGAUGGUGUACUCAGUCAGGAGAAGAUGUGGGCAGCAGCUUGCUAUUGAAGCACCUGUGGAAGCAGACCUAGUCAGCACCGUUCCGGAGUCUGCCACCCCAGCAGCUCUUGGUUAUGCAGAAAAGUGUGGGCUGCCCUACGUGGAGGUGCUCUGUAAGAACCGGUAUGUAGGCAGAACCUUCAUCCAGCCCAACAGGAGGCUACGGCAGCUGGGUGUCGCCAAGAAGUUCGGGGUGCUGUCUGAUAACUUCAAAGGCAAGCGAGUGGUUAUCAUUGAUGAUUCCAUUGUGAGGGGCAACACCAUUUCACCCAUCAUAAAACUGCUGAGGGAAUCAGGAGCAAAAGAGGUGCACAUCCGUGUGGCUUCACCCCCCAUAAGAUUUCCAUGUUACAUGGGAAUAAACAUUCCAACUAAAGAAGAGCUUAUUGCCAACAGACCUGAAUUUCUUGACCUUGCAAAUUAUAUAGGAGCAGACAGUGUGGUCUACCUUUCUGUGGAAGGCCUGGUCUCUUCUGUGCAAGAAAGCAUCAAGGCAAGACAAGCAAGUGAGAACAGCCUUAAAACCCAGAAGUCCCGAGCUGGAAAGAUUGGUCACUGCACAGCAUGUCUCACUGGGGAGUACCCUGUAGAGCUAGAGUGGUGAAUGUUUAGUGGGUGGACAUCAGUUCAUCUGCUGUUGAAUGUUACCUUCUUCAAAGAUGCCUUCUUGCUAAUAGCCUUCUUACAUUUAGGUAAUACAGAAAGCUCAUUACAUCUAAUUACAGUUGCUAAACCAGAUCUCUACAGUAAAGGCUUACAGAACGUCCAAUGUGCUGAUGAGAACAAUGUAAGCAGAUUAAAAAUACAAAAUCAUGUAUUUUUGCUGCACAACUCUG